AUGAGCUGUAACAGGCUAGGCGGAGCUGGAGAAUGUGAGAUUGAUGGAGUGCAGGAUACAAAGGAAGAUCGUAAGAAAACAAAAAUGUCUGCUAACCGAACGGAAGGAGUUAUUUCUUGUCAACAAGGACGAAUCCCAUACACAGCGGUCUUACGAAAACUCCUCCUCACUUGCACUUCUCAAAUAGCUCGAUGUGGAUGA